CGGUGCGCGGCCGCAUGUGGGGCGCAGGCGGCGGAGUCUCCACCUCUUCUGGCAGCGGGAACCUGUGGCUGCCAAGCUCCAUUAAAGCCAUCAGCAGCCAGGGGGACGCGCUCCGCGGCGAAGGCGGGGUGGGCUGCGGUGCUUUAUUUUAAAAUAUAUACUUUUCUUUUUUCUCCCUCCCCAUCCCACCUUACUCCUUCGCAAGGCGCGGGCUGAGCAGGACGCCUGCGGGCUGAAGCCGGGGUGCCGCCGCCGCGGGCCCAUGGCUGCACCGCCGGGCGCCGCGCCCCGCUGAGCUCCGCGGGCACCGGCGGCGAGCGCGCCUCUGGCCGGGACACACAGCGGGCACCAUGCUCGGGUGCUGGUGGCUCGCAGGGCUGCUCCUAGCCUGCGCGGCCGCGGAGCCGCACUGCCGCCAGCAGCUGCGCCACCUGCAGGACAGCGCCGGGAUCGCCGCGCGGCUGCCGCCCCGCCUGGAGGGGCGCUGGGUCUCCACCGGGUGCGAGGUGCGGCCGGGACCCGAGUUCCUGACCCGCUCCUACCUCUUCUACACCAACCGGCUCUUCAAGGCUCUCCAGUUCUACUACUGGGACCCGUCCUGCCGCGACCCCUCCUACUCGCUGGUCAUCAAGGGCAAGCUCCGGCUGCGCCAGGCCUCCUGGAUCACCCGCGGGGCCACCGAGGCCGACUACCACCUGCACAAAGUGGGCAUCGUGUUCCACAGCCAGAGGGCCAUGCGGGAGGUGGCCUCCCGGACCAACCAGACCUCUGGCCAGGGCUGCGAGGGGUUCCUGCCCCCGGGGCGCUCCUGGGCGCCCGGAGCCCUGUACGAGGUGCUGAGCGCCAGGACGGAGCGCGACUGCACGGCGGCGCUGGGCUUCGCCAUGCACGAGCUGAGCCUGCUGCGGGUGGAGAGGCACCUGCAGCCCCUGCCGCCGAGCGGGAGCCGCCUGGUGGAGGAGCUGUACCUGGGGGACAUCCACACGGACUGGGCCGAGAGGCUGCACUACCGCCCCACCGGCUACCAGCGCCCCAUGCAGAGCGCCCUGCACCACGUGCACCCUUGCCCGGCGUGUGGGAUUAUCUCCGGGGCCGACGAGCAUCACCCGCCGGUGCUGCCCGCCCGGGCCGCGCUGCCCAUGCAGCUCAGCGGCAGCUGGGUCAGCACGCACUGCGAGGUGCGCCCGGCCGUGCUCUUCCUCACCCGCUUCUUCACAUUCCACGGCAACAACCACACCUGGGAAGGGCAUUACUAUCACUACUCCGACCCGCUCUGCAGGCAGCCCACCUUCACCAUCUACGCCUCGGGGCACUACUCGCAGGGCAUCCCCUCCUCCAAGGUGCGGGGCGGCACCGAGCUGGCGUUCAAGGUCACCCAGGCUCGGGUGACGCCCAUGGACCAGGUGACGGUGCUGAUGCUCAACUCCUCGGAGCCGGGCAGCUGCGGGCUGGCGGGCUCCUGGAGCGCCGGGCUGGAGCAGGAUAUCACACCCACCAAUGGAUGCUUGGCUCUGGGCAUCAAGCUGCCCCACACCGAGUACGAGCUGUUCAAAACGGAGCAGGACUCGCAGGAGCGCAGCCUCCUCUACAUCGGGGAGCGACCCACGGACGGCUCCAGCCCCGACAGCCCCGACAAGAGACCCACCUCCUACCAGGCCCCCCUGAUCCAGUGUGCUGCUGCCUCGGAGGAGUUCUCCAACUACAUAAGUCUGAAAUACGUGGGAAGAAAGGAUGCUAAUGGGACUGAAGCACUAAAACCUUUUCCUGUGGCCUUUUUAUUGUUAAUAGCACUUCUGUUUUUAAGAUGGGACUAGUUAUCUCUUCAGGUACCGUGCAGAAUUCAGAUAAAUCUUGGUGCUAGCGUGAUUUUUAUAUCCUUCAAAUGAGCACAUCUGGAAUCAGUUUUACUCAGAUUUGGAAACACUUUUUAAAAACACCCAAUAGUGAAUGAAGCCAAGGAGAUAUGCCUGACUCCACACUGUUUGUCCUGUGGCUUUAUUGCCUAAUUUCCCCUCUUUGCGUGCAAAUUUAAUGUAGUGACACGGAUGCACUGCACAUUGCAACAGAUAAUUUAGCAACAUGAGGGGGAAAAAGAGUGACAUCAAUUAAAAUUGCUGCUUUGAGCUUUUGACAUUGCUAAAAUUUAAUCAAGAGCUUGAUUCAGAUGUAAUUCAAACAUCCAGAGUGUUGGCUGCUGAGUUUCUUUGAGGUUAAGUUCCCUCCCAUCACACUCCUUUUUGCUGUUCAUGCAAAUUUAAUCUGCAGAGUCAGUCAGCAAUAAACAGUCAGCAAGUGUUCUUGAGAAGGGCACGGCUCACAUGCCUCUUGCAGAUAUUUUCUGUACUUUGCCUGUGUAUGUCCCACACAGGGACCCACAAACAAUCUUUGUACUUGGAGAUGCCCAGAACAGCCCUCACAGAGGGCUUGACUUUUUCACCUGACCCUGGCCAUAGAUUACAGUAGAUGGAAAACUUUUCUGUGCACACCAGCUGCAGCAUUCCCUGGCUGCAGCACUGCAUCCCUGCUGUGCUGCCCAGCUCUCCAGUGCAGAGCUGGCCUGGCUGUGAGACAGCAGCAGUGUCCCCAUGUCACUGCUGCCAUGCCUGGCACUGUCACCAUGUGCUGUGGGAAGGGAAAGAUCCCUCACCAGCCUUCCCAGGCCAUGCAUUUCCACUGCCUCCUUUUCAGCUCCAGGCACAGCAGUUGUUAAUCCAGCUCUCCUCCCAAAGUGUCACUUCCAGCCUCAUUCCUGCACAGAUGUUUUAUAAAUCUGCCUCUGGUGAACAAUGAGCUGAAGAGAUGCUCAGAUCAGACAGCACAGUCAGGUCAAACUGAUUCCUACUGACAAGCAGGACAAACAAUGAAAUUAUAUUCCCUGUCUGCUGCAGCUAAGCAUCAUGUAACUUCCUCGAGAAGCCCCUCUCCAGCAGCUAAAUCCUCUCCAAAUAAGCCUAUAUAUCUUACCCACAAAGGAUAUUUUGUUAAAGCAGCUAUGCAAUAGCCACCUUCUUAAUGCUGUAUUUAUGAACUUGCAGCUUGUACUUAGAUAAAUUAUGGGGUUUAUAACACAAAAAUACUUGGGGGGAUCUGUACAUUAAUAAUUCAAAUGAGAUGCUUAUUAAAUGCAUUACAGUUGUGACAUAAAUGUUGUCAGCAUGUUCACAUGUUCCAGGCAUGACCCAGUAUUAGUCAUAAACAGUUCUACUCAAAGGUGAUACACAGAAGGGCCAGGCUUGGCUGCUUUGCCUUGGGUUCCCUCCCUAAUCCCUGGAGACUUCAGCAGGCAAAUCUUAUUUCCAGCCUUGUUGGUUGUGCUCUGUUCCUGCUGCUGCACUGAGAUCCAUGGGCAGCUGGAAGUGAUCUCAGAGAAGGUGGUGUCUCCUUGGGGAUGUUCCCAUUAGGAUGCUGUGAAUUGGGCAAGUCUGGGCAGCUCAGCUGCACCUCCUGUAAGCCAAGCAGUGGCAGAACUGUUCCUUCAGGAGUUUCCCAUCACUGUGCUCAGCACAGCCCAGGGAAAGGCUCCUGUGCUCCCAUCAGCACAGGCACCUGUUCUGCAGGACACAGAUGCCCAUGGCAGGAAUAGGGAACAGCCUUGUGCUGCCUUUGGAGCGUGGCUGGAAGAGGGACAAGGCAAUUCCUGCCCUACAUUUACCCCCGUGAACCAGAUUUGUGUGCAGAUACUUGUUUCAUUUACACAGCAGAGAAAUGGAUUAAAGUUAACAAGUGUCCACGUCCUGCAUGGUAAAAGCUCUUACAAGCCACAGAUCCUUUCCAGGUGGGGAUGGGAUCAACAUGAUGUGAUUCCCCAUCACACAAUCAUGCAAUGUUAGCAACAAGGCCUUGGGCAGGCUCUGCCCUGCAGCAGCUCAGGCACCACUGGCUCCAGCAGCAGCAGUGCCCCUGUGAAACCUCAUCAGGAGCCUCCUUGUCCUCUUCCCCCCUCUCAGUACACCUCUGAGAGAAAAAAAAACCCACAAAAGAACUAUUUGCAUAAAUAUCAUAACUUUUAUUGUUCUGUUGACAGUUUUUGAAGACACAUUCCUAAAUUACACAGUUAUUCUCUCUUAAGAAUUUGUGCCUUUUUCCAAUUUGAAUUUGCCUGGCUUUGACUGCCAGUUGGUGAUUCUUGUGCUGCUUUUUAAGAUCAGAGAGCUGCAGUGUGCAGUAUUUUCUGCCUGUGAAGGUACUAGUGCACUAUAAUCAAGACAGUCACAAUUCUGAUAGAAAAACUCAGAUAACUGAGUUUUCUCUCACCCUCUCUAAGGCAUUUCACACUCCACCAGUAAUUUCUGAAUCCUUUUUUUUUGCAUCCAUUCCAAUUACUCAGCUUCUCUUGUAGAAUGUAAAUAUCCAAACUGCAUCCAAAAUUCCCAACUCUCCCAGCUGAGACAUACAGAAGGAUAAUCACUUACAGCUAACAGUAAUUAAAAACAAGAACACAUUCGUAUUCAUUAGGCUUUUACCCUGGGACAGCACUGGGAAUGUACACGGAGCUGUUACUCAUUCUGGUCCUGGCUAUGGAUAUUUUUGUUAUGUUUUAUCAGCAGUGAUUUUGUAUGUGUUCCUCAGUGACCUGGAACCAGUGAAUCUGCCAGGUCCCUGCAGAACCCUUCUCUGGGCAUCCCCAUUCCAUUGUGGUUCUCUCUGAACUGCAGCAGUGAGUGAUUGUCAGGGAACACAGCUCACUCUGAGCCCAAAGAGAACUGAAACCCAAAAGACAGAAUGAAAGGAUUUACACCAAGCUCUGUCAGGAACAUCCAUCUCCUUUUCCAUCCCUUUCCAGGGUGUUUCACUGUCCUGACCCACUGCCCACCCCCAGCAGCAGCUCAGACGCUGCCUCAGGUUCCUCUCUUGCAAACACUGGUCAAGGUUUCUGGGCCUACUGAAUUAAAAAAAACUGUUAAUUUUUAAUCCUGAGCAUUGCUAAGGAAUGACAUCACCUUUCCAAUUCUCUUGCAUCAUCCCUAGGUUUUACCUCCUGCAUCUAUUUCUUAACAGUUCUUCUGCUAUUGCAGAUUUCCCCUGAACUUCAGCUCAUCACCCUCUCUGAGCACUCCAACCCAUAUUUUUCUUUUCCUUUGGCUUGUGCUUUCCUUAUUUUUUACAUUUCCUAACUCCCAUUUUGAAUGGAUUGCUGUCUGCUCCUCUUUUUCCUAUUUGUUUUAUAUUACUUUCCAGCUAAUUUUCCCCUCAUUUCAUCACUGAAGUAGGAUGGGCAGUUAGCCAAAGUUGUCCCCCUUCUCAGUUGCAAAAUUAUUGGGUUUUUGGCCAUUUAAUAUCUUUCACUUAGAAAACUGUCAAUUCUACCUCAGUUUUUCAUCUAAUUUCCUCCCCACUCCCAGAUCUGAUAUGAAAUUUGCUCAGCUAUGCCCUUUUGAAGCACCAAUUACAUUUAUUAGCAGCUCACAUGGCUGUUUGCUGAGCUCCACUGCAAUCAGGAUCCCAACCUCAGGUUUGACAUUCAUUUAUCUUUAGCUGGCAUAAACAAGACAAACCCAAAUAAUUUCAUCUUUCAUGUCUAACACUGCUUCAGAAAAAUAGGUCUAGGACAUAGACCAGGAGCUUUAAUCCUGACUGCUGGGUUGCUUUCUACUACAAAACAAAUAAAUACCUUUUUACUGGCCCUGUGAAGAAAACCCAAGCCAAUGUGUGCUGGAAGUUGAUGGUAACAGGCACAUGUGUCUUAGUAAACUCUUCUACAUUCACUUCUUUUAGCACUUUUUAAAAAGAUUAAUGAUUUUUUAACUAGUCCAAAAAGGAAAAAUAAAAUAAUUUCCCAAGUCUCAAACAAUUUUCUGGCUUCCUGCUCUGAGUCUGAGCCUUCAGUACCUUCUUUAAUAUCAAAAGCUCCUCAGACAAGCUGCCUUUCCAAUUUUCUGCUUCUUUAGCAGGUGCAGAAGUUUAAAGCAUGAGCCAAGUCUGCCAAACAGUCCUGGGUCUGACACACAGCUCAAUUAGCAGUAACUUAUUUUUCCAAUUAACCACCUUCAUGCCUUCUUGUUUAAAAUACCUUAGAAUGCAUUAUUACAUUCUAGACUUCCCAGAUAAAAUGCAACACAAAAAAUCUGAAGCACUUUUGGAUACAUUAACAACAGUGUGCUACUGCUUUAUUUGAGAAAUAAUCCACAUGGAAUAAAUACAAAAGCCUGUCCCACACUAUAAAUAAAUCCACUGCACUGGAACAGCAGGAGGCAGCUGGAGACAGGAGAUGGGUGACAAGACUUGUCACUCCAAACUCCACAAAGAGUGAAGAGGAAGAAAAAACAAAGAGGAAGCAGGAGGUGAGUGGCUGUGUGGGAUGGGGAAAGGCAUCAGGACAGUCAGAUCUCCAUGAGAGAUCCAGGGGAGAGCCCUGCCAGGCAGGGAGCAGCAAACCUGGAAGGGUGAUGGGAAGAAAGAAACCCAGAUGGAAAACAGGCAGCAGGGAAGAAAAGCCAUUUAAAGAUGCUCAGCUGAACAUGAGUUUCCCUGCCAAGGAGCAGGGAAGGAACAGGGAUGACUUGGCCUGGACCAAAGAGCUGAGGGAGGGGAUGGAGAGAGAUUUGACAGCUCAGAACAGAGCAGGAGGGAGACUGGGCAGCAGAGCCUCCAGCCCCACUGAAAGGCUCCUUCGGGCUCAGCACUGAGGCAGAGAUUCCUGGCUCCAAUCACACUUGUGUGUGGCCUCCCAGUGAAAUGUGGAAACAGAAAUUGCUGCUUCAGCUCCCAGUUCCUCCCCACCACGUCAGGAGCUCAGGUCAAGAACGGGGAUCCACACACACAGAGUUCCCCUGACACACACGUGGGUUACACCCAACACCACAGUGCCACACUGGAAGUUCAGCUUUAAAAAUCCUGUUUAUAGGUAACUUAAGAGAAAUAAGGGCUCUCCAGGCACCAAAGCUGGGCAGUUCUGGACAAUUUCUGAGCAGCAUCAGCUCAGAUUUGAUCACUGCAAUGAUCAGACACUGCAAUGUGCUCCCCAAACUCACAGUGCACAAACCUGGUUCUGCCAUUUCCUAACUCCUGAGUGCUUGACUUUGUACAGCCUUAAUAAAGGCCUUUUAAAAGUAGCUCUCUGUGGGUAAUUGUGUGUGGGACAUUUGCCAAACUAAACAUGAGGGAGUUCAAGAGGCUUUUCUAAUCUUGUGAGUUUAUCCACCAAAGAAAAAGAUUUGAUUAAAAAAAUGAAGUACAGCUGAACUGGGAACAAUACUUUACUACAGGCUGUUCCUCAUAGGCACUUCGAAAUCUUGAAAGAAACCCCCACAAAAUUAGGAACUUAUUAAAUCAGAAAGAAAUGUACCAAUGAAGAAACAUAAACAGAAAUGCCAGAUGUAUAAUGUCAACUUGUAAUGCACAGCUUCAAUUAAUUCUUCUUAAUUCAUUUGUUUUCUUAACUUCUUUUUGUUUUGCUCUCUGGAAAAGGCCAUUUUCUAAUGACAGAUCACAGGAGGAAAGAUUCAAAGUUCAAGUUUACUCCAAGGAAAAGCAGCCUCAUUUCUGUGCCUGCAGACCCCACAUCCCUUUUGUAAUUUUCACUCUUGCAGAGGCUUCAGGACAAACUCAGGCCUGGACUGGGAGGCAAAGAGAUCUACAUGGGAGUUUAAUAAAGAUUUCAAAGUUUUGCUUUUUGGGUACAAAUGUGAAAUUAGUUGAUGAACAGGAACUGAAGCCGCAGGAAAUGGCAGAGGGAAUGACAGGCACAGUCACUCUGCAGGUGUGCAUGGUGCUCAUUAGAGUAUUACAUGCAAGAUUCCUGGCUGGCUCUCAUUUGUGUUAUUUUAAAAAUAAUCUUCAUUUAUCCAGCAAAAAAACCCAACCCAUUAAUCAACCAACUUUUAUAGUUAAGCAGAUUUGAGCAUGGAAACACAAUUACUUUGUUCUGUGAAGUGGAUCUUCUCAAAAUCCCAAACACAUAAACUGGAUUUCACUCACCACCUGCCACUUCUCCACUUCCUCACUCGAGGAUCUGGGCCAUGGAUGCUCCCCCACUCCCCAACCAUGGCACAGUGGCUCCCCAGGCCCUGUGCAGCACCAGUGCAGCACCAGUGCAGCUGUGACCCAGCCACAACAAACAGGAGCUUCAGAGUGUUAUUUUACAGGGGCUUUAAUUUCAAACAGAGGGAUUUUUAGUGGUGCUUUUUUCUUCACUUACUUGAUAUAGAAAACAGAACUCAGGAUGUGGAAUUUCAGGACAUCACAUAGGGCAAGAGAAAUACAGCUUCAAACUUCAGAGCACUACAGUGAAGCCACUAUUGUGCCUGAAAAUUAAGGACAUUCCACUGAAAAGACAGAAGUGGCAUUUUCUGAAGAAAAGGGAUGAUAGUUUUCUUCCACUGGGCAGUGCAACAUCAAGUAUGCCAAGACAUAAAUGAUCCAUUUUUUGUGCACCAUAAUGUAAAAUUGCUGACAAGAAUUGCAAGUUCACAUGUGCAGCAGAUACAAACCCUUCAUAGUUUAUUGAUGAACAGAAAUUCUAGUGAAUUGCAAAGUGAAGUUCCAACUUUAUCCCACUAACAGCAUUUCAGGAGGAAAAAAGUAACACCACCAUUGAGCUUUACAAUCCUGUAUUU